AGAAUCUUUGUUUUGAGCCUCGUGGAAGAAGCUUGUUGUGUUUCUUCACCGCGAGGAGCCGCCGCUUGUCCCCGGGCCGACAUGUACCGUGGCCGGCCUCCUCCGAGGGGAGGCUACCCGCCGCCGGCCGAGGCCCGUGGCCCGCGGCCUCCAAGGCCGUACCCGGCUCCGGACUACCGAGACGAGCGGAGCCGGCCCCGACCUCCGUACCACCACGACCACCACGGCCCCCCGGACCCGUACCGCCGGUCCCCCCCGCGCAGGAGGUACCCGUCCCCCGGAGCCGGGAGCCACCGAGGCGCGGAGCACUGGGCCGGAGGGAGGGAGAGGUCUCUGUCCCCACGUGGCCCGAUUCCCCUCGACCACAACCUGGUGAUCACUGUUGGCAACGAGCUGACGUCAGGGUCGGGCUCCGCCCCCUCACGCCAUCAUGACAGAGACUUCCCUGCUCGACCUGAGUAUGAGGCGGGCCGCAGUCGCGACCGCAGUCCGGACCGAAGCCGAGCCAAGAGUCGAGGUCGGAGCAAGAGUCGGCCUCGCAGUCAGAGCCGGAGUCCGGACCGAAGCCGGGCGAAGAGUCGAGGUCGGAGCAAGAGUCGGCCUCGCAGCCAGAUCCGGAGUCCGGACCGAAGCCGGGCCAAGAGUCGAGGUCGGAGCAAGAGUCGGCCUCGCAGCCAGAGCCGGAGUCCGGACCGAAGCCGGGCCAAGAGUCGAGGACGCAGCAAGAGUCGUGCUUUCAGCAGGUCUAGAUCCAGGUCCCCUUCUAAAGGGAGGAGCAGAGGGAGGAGUUUCAGCAAAGUAGCGAGUCAUGGCCGCAUUAGAAGCCGCAGUGUGAGCAGCAGCUCCAGCUCAACCUCGAGCAGCCGCAGCCACAGUGGAGAUGAAAGAUACAAGAAAGGCUUUAAAGAGCUGGAGAUGGCUCGACGCAGGAAAGAGCUGGAGGAGAUGCUGAGCCUGCCGACGAAAUCCAUCCUGAAGAAACGCAACGACUCCCCAUCAAUCCGGAAUGUAGACUCCCCCCGUGACCUCGACGGCGCCAACGUGUCUUGUGUGGCCGACCAGAUCCUGCAGGCGGUUAAAGGCAUGGACCCUCACAUGGUGGCGUCCGUUUUGUCGGAGCUGGGGUCCGACCCGCAGACAGUUCAUCGUGCUGGGUUCGACACUGAGAUCAAAGAAAUCCUCAACCUGUUGGAGGGGGCAGGGGUCAAGACCCCGAUGAAGGCCGUGGACGACAUCGAUGAUGAGGAGAAGUUCCUGUACGGAGACUCUGAGGAGCCCAAACCUCCACCGGAGUCCGAGCCGGUCCGACACCAUGGGCUAGAUAUGUACGGAGACGUGACGGAGGAGGCGCUGUACGGUGAUUACCCCCAAACAAAAGCCACCAUCGUUCAGACCUUUGGCCCCCCCCCAGGGGCCUCAUCUCACCUCCAGGCCCCAUCCACCACAGAGGAGCUGGACCCAAAGAACGCUAGACGUUCCAUUAUCAGCCAAGACCAGAACACCGCAGUACAGGUGUCGACCCCAGCCCAACCCUCGGGGACGGAGUCACUGGAGGAGUAUGAGAAGAUCCAGGACCUGCUGAAGACCAUUGGCCUGGACUUGGGUGUCACAGAGAUCAGCAAGAUGGCUGCUAGGACCAAGGAGCGUCUCCACGGAAACAAGCCUGCGAAGACGCCCACGCGUCGCAGGCGCUACUCCUCUGACAGCUCGGACGGCAGCCAAGGUCGCAGGAGGCGGAGCCGGAGCGGUUCCAGCAGCAGCAGCAGGAGCGGGAGUCGCAGUUGGGGGGGUAAACGGGGGAAGAGUUGGAGCAGUGACGACAGCGACAGGAAGUCAGUUCCUAACAAAUCUGUCAAAGACGAGACAAAGGUCGAACAGAAAGUCACAGCCCCCCCACCACACAACGAACCGCUGCCACAAAUCCCUGACCCCCAGACCCUCCCUCCUCAUUCUGGGGUACCCAUACCCACCUACCCCCCCCCACAGGUCCAUGGUAUGAUGCCCCCUAAUUACCCCCCACCAGGCUAUGGCCAGUAUGGAAACUACCUGCCCUACAUGCACCAGCAGUGGCCACCUUUGUACCCACCCCCCAACAUUAGCCUGCCCCCCCAGACCGGCUCCGACGAGUUCCCUCCAGCUCAGCAGUACCAAGAGCCUUACCACAAACUGGCCUCAGAGCCAGGGGCCAAAGGUUCCGUGAAGACGUUUGCUCAGGACAGAGAGAAGAGCGUCUCCAAACUCAGCAGCUACGACAGGAAAGUGUCUGAGGAGCAGAACAAUGAGAGUCAGAAACAAAAGGUUCUGGAAGAGCGGGAGAAGCUGAAACAUGAGAGGGAGGUGAGGAUGAAGAAGAAGGAUUAUCUGAUGAAGGAGCUGGAGAGACUCAGAAAGCAACAGGGUGAGCUCUUGAGGAAGAAGCGCCGGGAGAAAGAAGGUCACAAAGACCCUCUGCUGCAGGAGAUCAGCCGGCUGCAGGAGGAGGUCAUGACUCAGAUCUCUAACCUCCGCAAGGAGCAUGAAGCCGCCGAGAAGAAACGUAACGAGAUCGACAAAGUGGCGCUCAUCCUUGGCCUCAGCCCAGCCGACCGGCCCCGCAGGGUCAGCAAACCCACUGAAGACCAGAGCGUUCCGCCGCCAGAGAAGAAGAGACGGGAGGCGGAGAGUCCUGAGGGACGGCCGGCGUCCAGCGGCUCUACGUUAAAGCAGAACUCGGCAGCGCCGCCAUCUAUGUCGCAGAGAGCGUCACCUAAUGAGACACCUGCCAGCGCCCCACCCGCUGCCCCUCCCCCAGAGCCGUUUGAAUACUAUGACGCUGGGAACCACUGGUGCAAAAACUGUAACGCCACCUCUGGUUCCAUGUUUGAUUUUUUCACGCACUUGCAAAGCAAAACGCAUCGAAAGACUCUUGACCCGUACGACCGGCCCUGGGCCUCCACAUCCACCAAAAUCACCAAGAACACGCCACCAGAGGAGAAACUGACUAAACCUGCCAAAGGUUCGGAGUUCCUGCAGCCCGUCAGAGGAUUCUUCUGCCUCCUCUGUGAAGAGUUUUAUGGAGACGCCAUCUGUGCAGAGGAGCAUGUCACCACGCAUGCUCACAACGAGAAAUACAAGAAACAAAUGUAUGAGAAUCCGCUGUACGAGCAGAGAAGGAACCUGGACCGACAGGCGGGACUCGCCGUGGACACAAGUGGAAAGAAACGCAAGCAUGAAGACGACGAGAAAAGUGACAAAUACAAGGAGGAAAAGGCCAAACACAAAAAAGAGAAGAAGGACAAAGAUAAAAAGAAGGAAGAUGACAAUGCUGUUUUGAAGGAAGAAAAAUCUAUAUUCAAAAAGGAGGUGGAGGAGGAGAGACUGAAAGACAACAAGCCGGGGGAGGAUUUUAAAAGUACCAAGAAUCUGGAAGAGGAGCAAUCUUCUUACAUUAAGAAAGAUGAGGACGAAAGCUAUAUAUGCAACAAAAGGGAAGAUAAAUACCGCUGCAGCGAAGAGGAGAGGGGUGACCGACACAGAAACAGCAGAGCAGAAGAGCAUCGUCACCGGCAUCGCCAUGACAACGAUGAGAGACACGAUGACCGCCCCAAAUAUGGUCCGAGAGAUGAUGAUGAAGAAAAGUUUAAAUACAGUAAACAUCCUCCAGACUCAAGAUCAAAAUAUGACAAAGAACGAGAUGAAGGUAACCCCAAGACUCGGAGAGAAGCGUUUAAAAAGCCUGAACUGGGAAAACCAGCAGGGAAACCAGCAUGGAAACCAGAAGGGAAACCAGAUUGGAAACCAGAAGGGAAACCAGAUUGGAAACCAGAAGGGAAACCAGCAUGGAAACCAGAUGGGAAACCAGAAGGGAAACCAGAGGUCACCAAACCUGAACCCCCACCAAAGCCAUAUGACCCGCCCAAAAUCUUUUGUGGUCCGAGUCCUGCCAUGAGGGCCAAGCUCCGCAAACAGAGCCUGGAGGCUGGCAAGCCCCCCCCAGCAGUCACAGCUCCGACAUUUGGAAAGUUCACUUGGAAGAAGAAGGAGAACACACUGACAAAGGUGGCAGAGAAAAUCGCUGCUGAGUUCAUCAAGGACGAUGAAGCAGCUGCAAGCCUACAGCUGGUGUCUGUGGAGGAUUCGUUUGCUAAAUCUGUGGCUGUUGCUAAAGAGAUUGCAGAGAAGCUCGGGGGGAACCCACCAAUGCCUCCUCCUUGGGUGUCAGAUGGAGCCGACCGAGGAAGAAUCCGGCCCAACCUCCCAGCCCCUGCUGCAGUCUUGAGGAAAACGACCAUGAUGGGUAAACCUGCACCUCUGAAUACCUUUCUCUCAAUCAGACCCCAAAACACAACUUUACAAGGACCUCCUCUAAAAGACCUGCCGCUGUUCUCUCAAAGUCUCUCAAAAGCUCUAAGUGCUCAAAACGCACUGCUGGAAGGUAAAUCUCCACCUGCACCGGUAGAAGCUGGACUUCCAUCGCCAGUGUCCCGACAAUUCCCAAUUGAGGUUAAACCUGCACCACCAGUUUCUGAACCAUUGUUAACUGAGGCUAAGCCCACACCGAGUGAGACAAAGGCCACAACCAGUCAAACUAAGGCCACACCCACUCAAGCAAAGACCACACCCACUCAAGGUAAGGCCACCCCCACCCCUGUCAAUACCACACCCACUCAAUAUAAGGCCACCCCCACUCCUGUCAAGACCACACCCACUCCGACCAAGGCCACACUCCCUCAGGUCAAGGCCGCACCCACUCAGGCCAGGUCCACAGAACCAGAGGGUAGACCUCAGUCAUCUGUGGCUCCUCCUGCUUCCUCGGAGGCCAAACCUCCACAAUCCAUGGUGGUAAAGAUAGUGUCUGACGUUGCAGCGCCUGGUGUCCCAGAGAGCGAGCAGACUCGAACUGUGUUCGUCAAGCCUCCACCUUUUAUGAACAUGACUGACAGAUUUCCAAAGUCUGAGAAACUUAAGGGUAACCUGGCUGCAGCCAAAGCCAGGGAAUUAUUUGGCAUCUUCUACAGUGGCAUCAGCCAAUCGGGUCCUUCGUCCAUCACCAAAUCAGACUCCAGAGCUGACAAGAGUUGCACUCUUCCACUUCCAGCUCCUCAAGGACUAAAUCUACAACCUCCGGCCCAAACCCAGGUCCAACCUACACCUGACGUCCAGACAUCACCACAACCAGACUCAACCAGUUACUCACCAAGUUCACAAUCCCAGAUUAAAUCUGAAAUUCAGAUUGCUUCAGUUUGGUCCUUGAAGUCUGACCCUGCUCCAGCACCAGAGCAGGCUCUAUCUGAAACAGCUUCAGCAACAACUCAACCAAAACAGACUCCUUCAGCUCAGAUAGAGACUCAGAGUGUAACUCAAAUCCAGUUCCAAAUUCCCCUACAAACUGAAACUGCUGAGUCAGAUUCAACACCUCAAACUCUGCUCGAAUCAGAUCAGGACUCCCAGUCGCAUACAGAGACCAAUCCUGAUGCCACUCCAGAACCUGAACCCAAACCAAGCCCCAAAACUAGAGGCAAGAAAACUCCCCCUGCCUCCGGCCCUGUCAGACAGACUCGAUCCCAAACCAGAUACCAGACUCGGCGGCAGCAGCAACAGCAGGGCCAGUUUGAGCUACAAUCAGAGAUAGCUUCAGGGAACUCUGAAUCAGCACUUUCAGACCCAAAGAGCCUGGACACAUCGGACCCAGACACUGGGUCUCGGUCAGAGGAGGGGAACCCCAGUGAGGUAGACCCUCAUGUGAUGGAGAUCACCACUGAAACACUCGGCCUCCCCUCUGACAUGACCUCCCUGGACUUUGAGUACGAUUUUAACUUUGAGUAGUGUUAACUGGACCUAAUGUAAUCUGUUGGGGGCAGAGGGGUCAUGGACAGUUUAUCUGUGGUUCACAAUUUAUUAAAGUUCUGCUGCAUGUUAGAAUCAUGACUCUUAAAACACUUCAUUUGUUAAAAGGACCAGUUGGCGUCUUCUCUAGAGUCACAUGACUCAGGUUUCACCUGAGGAUCCAGAACCAUCUUGUCUCAGGUGUUUGAGUUUAGUGAACAACUGGCUGCUGCUCUGUUUUUCACCAGUUUCCUGUGAACAAGUGUGUUCUUACAUUGAAAACACCUGAUUAAUCGUCAAUCGUCAUUUUCACUUUUUUCUCAAAUAGAAAACGUUGUUUGAACAAAACAAGGAAUUUAAUUCUACUCUUGAUUCCUUUCUGAAGUUUAUUAAUGAGUUUAUGAAGAUAGUAAUUAAAAUGUAAUAAACUGAGAAUUUGUUUUCUUUCAUUUCUUUAUUCAGGUCAGUUUAUUUUAAUUGUCUUGAAUCAUUGGAACCAAGCAUUUUCUUAGAAUUAGUAAAAGUCAUCGUUAGCUUGACAGACGGAGAAACUCUUCAAAUAUGGUUUAAAGGUUGAACUAUACGACCAAAGGUGUGUGGACAGCUGCAGGUUAUGAGCAGACCUUACAUAUAUGAUUUGUUCUUGUUAUUUACAGAACGCAGGUUAGUUCAUAGACAGAUUUAUGUUGACUGUUUGAUUCUAUAAACAUGUGGAACCUGAAGGUUGUGAAGUUCUAGAACCCAUGUUCAGCUGCACCUACUGCUGUCCACAUACUUUUGGUCCUUUCUUGUACACCAGGCUCCUCAGACAUCACCCGAUAAGAGUUUCUAAAGUGUGGGACUGUUCCUUUAAAGAUCGCAGUGCUGUCAUGUUCUUAUGCUCCUGAAGGUUAUGUCCUGUAGCUCCUCCUCCUCCUGUAGGUGAUGUCCUGAAGCUCCUCCUCCUGUAUACUGCUUGUCUUCUGUUAAGUUGCUCGACAACGAAGAUGUCACGGACCAAUUAGAGCAGCCGUAGUAGUCACAUGUCCUCUGUCGUGUUGGAAGCCCUGAUCUGACGUUGUUGUGUUAGAAUAGGAAAAACUGCUUGUCUUGUAAAAACUGUUGCUAAAAAUAAAGUUUUAUUAAA